AUGCUACACAAACAGUUUCUGUCAUUAUUCACUACCAUAACUCUACUAUUAUGUGUCUUCAUCACUCCCACUCAUGCUAGAAGAAAAUUGUCGGCUUCGUCGUUGGUAACGUGUAUGGAGAAGUCUCAAAUCACACCACACACUUUUAAUGUCACUUUUAACCCUGACGAUAGGUCCUUGCGUUACAAUCUUGACUUGAACACCGAGAUUUCCGGUAAUAUUUUGGCUCAUGUUCAAGUUUAUGCGUAUGGGUUCUUGAUUAUUGAAAGAGACGUCAACUUGUGUGAUAUUGGUUGGAAACAAUUUUGUCCUAUUUACCCUGGGCAAAUUAAAGUCGACUCAAUCCAAUACAUUAGUUCAACUUAUACCAAACAAAUCCCCGGAAUAGCUUAUCAAGUUCCCGACAUUGAUGCCGUGGUUAAAGUAAUUGUUCGUGACCAAUCUUCUGGUGAAAGCUUGUCUUGUCUCCAAGCUAGUUUCACCAAUGGCAAAACAGUUAGCCAAACAGGAGUCAAAUGGGCCACGGCCGUGAUUGCCGGUUUAGGUUUGCUAAUUGGUGCCAUGUUGUCAACUUUUGGAAACUCAAAUGCUGCUUCCCACAUUGCUGCCAAUGCAGUUGCCCUUUUCCUCUAUUUCCAAAGUGUGGUGGUUGUGUCCAUGCAAGCUGUUGAAAGAGUGCCACCCAUUGCUAGUGCAUGGGCUGAAAAUUUGGCCUGGUCAAUGGGAUUAAUCGAAAUCAAGUUUAUGCAAAAGAUUUUCCGGUGGUAUGUUCAACUGACUGGUGGGAAGCCAACAACUUAUUUUAUUGGAGAAACUGAACAAAUCUUGGUUCAAAAGAACAAGCGAUCCUUGGCGUACGAUGCUCUUUAUUUGAGUGGGAAAAAAGCUGUUGAUUAUGCCAAGCGAUCCUUGGAUUAUUCGUUACAUUCAAACACGUAUUUGAUUGUGUUGCGUGGUAUUCGAAGAAUAGGUCACAAUACUCGUAUUGAAUCAACGUCUAUCGUGCCCACUGGAUACACCUGGUUUGUACUCAUUGGCUACUUGUUGGUGGCACUAUUGGUCUUUUCUAGAUCAAUUGUUGUCCUAUUGACAAGAUUUGGUAAAUUGAAUCCUCGCAGAUUCUCCAUGUUCAGAGCUAACUUUGGCAAUGUUGUUAAAGGUUCAAUUUUGAGAUAUAUUUGGAUUGGAGCAACUCAAUUGACAAUUUUUUCAUUGUGGGAAUUCACUAGAGUCGAUUCUGCAGCUGUUGUGGUAUUGGCAGUCUUGUUUCUUCUUUUGAUGAUUGUUGUAUUUGGUUGGUCAUUUUACAAUGUCUUACGUAUUGGCAAAUUGUCUCAACGCAAAUUUAACAACCCAGCAGCCUUGUUGUAUGGUGAACAAAAGACUUUGGAAAAAUACGGGUUCUUGUACACCAUGUUUAAUGCCAAAUACUAUUGGUUUGGAUUGGUUUUACUUGGAUACAACGUGUUUAAAGGUAUCUUUAUUGCCUUUUGUCAAGAAUCCGUUGGUGGCAAAGUGUCCGUUUGGCCCAUUUUCAUUGCUGAUUUGGUGUACACUAUUGUCUUGUUUUGGCUCUCACCAUUUUUGAACAAGCCCACAAAUAUCAUGCAUUAUAUGAUUGCCAUUGUCACUACCAUCAAUUCAUUUUUGUUUUUGUUCUUUUCCGAUAUUUUUGGUCAACCAGCCCAAGUGGCUUCCAUUAUGGGAUGGGUUUUCUUUAUUCUCAAUGCUGCAUUUUCAUUUGUGUUGUUGAUUUUCAUUAUUGUUCUUUCAUUGUUCUCAGUGAUGAGUAAAAACCCCGAUGCCAGAUUUGCUCCUGCCAAAGACGACCGUUUCUCAUUCCAAAGAAAAUCUUCAAUCAAAAACAAAGGUCAAUCUGGUUACAAUGUGUCUGAGAAGAGUGGUGGUGGGGCCGAGUUGGCAGCAUUGGGAAUUGCCGCCCAAGAACACGAUGCCGAUUGGGAAUCCCAGAUGUAUAAGUUGCACGAUGUUGGUAAGGAGGAGGGUGAGGAGGUUUCAUCAUCUACUGAUACACCGGACCAUAUUAGGCCAAACCACAAUCGCUUCAAUAAUAGCAAUAGUGAUGACAUAAUUGAGUCGGAAUCUGUAUACUCUAAUGAUCGUGCAGCUGAAGCUGAUGGAGCAGCAGCAGCAGCAGCAGCGGCAGGAGGAGGAGGAGCAGGAGCUACGUCAACAUUUGGUGAAUGGAAGAACAAGCUUGCUAGGAAAUUGUCAAAGAAAAAGAGUGACAAGAAGCAUCAUAGUGGCAGCAGCGAAGAAGCCAACAUGACGAGAAUCAGUGAUACCCUCCAUUACGAUGAUGAUUAUGAAGACGAAGAGGAUAAAUUGGACUUUACACGAAGCACUCACCAGCAACAGCAACAACAAGAGUUUCAGAGACCGGUUUCCAAUCAUUUUGACACUGUAGGUGGAGCUUUCAAUGGACAUGCACGUAAUGGAAGCAGUACGUCGAAUAUGGCUAGAUCAAAUCCUACACACAAAGCAAACAUUCUUUAA